CAUUGGUUCGAUGGCAUGGCUCUGCUUCACCAGUUCAAGUUGGAGAAGGGGAAUGUGACAUAUCAAAGCAAGUUUCUGCAGAGUGACACGUAUAUGACAAACAGCAUUCACAACCGGAUUAUAGUCUCAGAAUUUGGGACCCUGGCCCUGCCUGAUCCAUGCAAGAAUGUUUUUGAGCGCUUCAUGUCAAAGUUUGAAAUCUCUAGUAAGGAAAAUUCUCUAUUUAGAAUUUUCAGGUAGAUAACAGACAACACCAAUGUCAACUGUGUGAGGUACAAGGGCGAUUACUAUGUCAGCACUGAGACCACCUACAUGAAUAAAGUGGAUCCGGAAACCCUGGAGAAAACAGAAAAGGUAGAUUGGAGCAAGUUUAUUGCAGUGAAUGGAGCAACCGCACAUCCUCAUUAUGACCCUGAUGGCUCUGCUUACAACAUGGGGAAUUCCUACGGGCCUCAUGGUUCUUGCUAUAAUGUUAUCCAGGUUCCUUCUCAGAAAGUAGACCCUGAGGAGACAAUCCAUGGAGCUCGAGUGAUAUGUUCCAUUCCUUCUGACCAAAAGAUGAAACCUUCUUACUACCAUAGCUUUGGAAUGACAAAGAACUAUAUCAUCUUUGUUGAGCAGCCCCUAAAGAUGAACCUGUGGAAAAUCAUCACUUCCAAAGUUCGGGGGAAGUCCUUCAUGGAUGCGAUUAGCUGGGAACCCCAGUAUAAUACAAAGUUUCAUGUGGUGGAUAAACAUACAGGACAACUCCUUCCAGAGGUGUUUUACAGCAAACCUUUUAUUUGUUUUCAUCAAAUCAAUGCCUUUGAGGAUGAGGGCUGCAUUAUACUGGAUCUAUGUUGCCAGGAUGAUGGUAGAGUUCUGGAUGCUUACAUGUUGCAGAAUCUACGGAAAGCAGGGGAAGGGCUGGACCAGGUCUACAAUUCUGUGGCAAGAGCUUUCCCCCGAAGAUUUGUUUUGCCAUUGGGUAUCAGCAUGAAGGCCUCCGUGGGACAGAACCUCAGCCCAUUGACCUAUUCAUCAGCUAGUGCUGUAAAACAGGCGGAUGGAACGAUCUGGUGCUCUCAUGAAAAUCUCCAUCACAAGGAUCUGGAGGAGGAGGGGGGCCUAGAAUUUCCCCAGAUCAACUAUACCCAAUACAACAGCAGGAAGUACAGAUUCUUUUAUGGCUGUGGCUUUCGGCACCUGGUGGGAGAUUCCCUAAUCAAAGUUGAUGCUGUGACCAAAAAAUUAAAGGUAUGGAGGAAGGAUGGAUUUUAUCCCUCAGAACCUGUUUUUGUUCCAAUACCAGGAGCCAAUGAAGAAGAUGGUGGGGUUAUUCUUUCUGUAGUGAUCACUCCCAACCAGAAUGAAAGUGCCUUUCUAUUGGUGUUAGAUGCUAAGACCUUUGAAGAGCUGGGCCGAGCAGAAGUGCCUGUGCCAAUGUCCUAUGGUUUCCAUGGCACUUUUGUUCCCAGACACUAAGGAUGCUGUCAAGGCUAUGAAGACCAAGUAGGAAAUGAAACACCCUAGUACAUCAGCACCCAGAGAUUUCUUCCUUAUUCAACCAAAUGAACCAAUAAACA